GCGCAACCGUGAUCAGCUCCAACAUAGCGGAAGCAUUUAGGUUAGCGCGGGAAGUUACAACCAUCUAUAAAAUUCAAACUUCUGGCUGCGGCGAAGUGGGUCGUUAUUGUUUGUCUUGAUGCAUGCUCAAUAAUCCAGGAAUAUGAGUGAGUUUGAGGAUAUCACCCGCCACAUAAAUGAUAAGAUAUUAUCCUUACAACGCAUGCUGGAUCUAGCAGUGGCACCUCAAAACAGACUUCAGAAACUUGGACAAGAAAUCCGUAGCAUAGAGGGACUACUAUAUGAGUUUGAAAAAUGUGUGGACCGUCGGAAGGACCAGCUAAAACACCUGAAGGAAUUGGAGAGGUCAUUCCAGAUGGAUUUUGAGGCUGUUCAGCACCUUAACGACAACAUACCCAUACAUAUGCCCAGGAGAAAACUGCCUGAAAUUGAAAAUAAACCUGCAACGAGUAACGAUGGGCCAGUGGAGAUGCCCCCUGUCCAGCAGAGGAAAGUCAAUAAGACCGACAAGAACCACAUCAAAGAGAUGGAGCCAAUCACCAUGCCAGAGUUUGAGGGCAUCCCUCAGUACAUGAAAGGACGUGUGACCUAUGAUCAGUUGAAUGCUGCCGUGCAUAUUAUUAACGCAGCGGUAACGGCGAAGUACAAAAUCGUUCAUCAUCAUGCUAAGGGCCUGAACAACAGUGCACGCGUACUUAAGCAGCGCUUCAAGGAUGAGGAGACAAAAGAUACUAAAGGACAUUUUUUUGUGGUGGAGGACGACAUUCACAAUUUCACUCAGACAAAGGUGGACAAACGUUUCCAGGCGAUGCUGAAUAUGCUACGACACUGCCAACGCCUGCGUGAGCUACGGGGGGGAGGUCUCACUCGCUAUGUGUUGGUUUGAAGGUCCAGAGGAAGUGGAACAGAACCUUUCAUCUGUGGUUGCUGUACAGGAGAUGGCAAAUGGACUUGGUGACAUGGGGAAGGGAAAGUAAAAAUUGCUUUCUCUGGAUGUUGUAUUUGUGCUUGUGAUAAAAAUGUUUAGCAGGACUAAUGACUGCUGGGAUAGGCUCCAGCAUCCCCGUGACCCUGAGAGCAGGAUAAGCGGUUUGGAUAAUGGAUGGAUAUGAAAUAGUGAGAUGAGAAAUUAUAUAAUUAUUUAAUUACAACUCCAUAUUUGUUGUUACUUUUUAAUUCUUGUUCGAAGUGGGCACUCUGCCACUCUAUAGUGAUUGCAAUAAAGAGUUUUUUGUAGAAUGAUUGGCUAUAGAGCAGAAUAAAUCCUGAACAUGAAAUUAUGUAUGUUAUUAUUAUAAUGUUCCUGAUCAUUUUGCUUCCUUUUUCCACAACCGUAGUAUGCCUUAAA